AUGGGAAAUAGCCCGUCCAAGAAUGAUCCUCUGCCGAACAACCAAUCUUCCACCGGUAUCCCUGGUGGUGAACUAGAGGCCGAUGAGUCGGCGCCGGCGCUAUCGCAGCUAUCGUCCCUUAGUUUACAUUCUGGUGAAAGCACCAGAUCCUCAGCCAUCAAUAUUGGUGCCCCUAGUGCCACCGCCUUCAACCCCAACUACUACAAGAACAAAGACCUGUCCUCCAAGAGCAAGCUGAAGCCGUUUCUGGACUCCCCCAAGCGCUCGCGCAAGCAGUCCAUCCAGAACUUGGACUUGGACUUGGAAAUCGGCGCCUCCAUGGCCCAGCUCUUGAAGACAUCCAGCCAGCCGUUGUAUGGCUCUUCCUUCGACAGCGUCAAGUCGGACGCGUCCACAGUGUCCCCUGUCUUCACCACCGCAGGUGAGGCCAAGGAUGAAGAACUGCUUCUGUCGUUGGGAUCCUCGCCCUACGCAAAGACCUAUUACCACAAGAAUGACUCGAAGGAGUUGGCCACCACUCCUUCCACCAGCACCACCGUCCUCGGCAACGCCUCCAAUAAGCGUCUCGACUCCAUCGCCGAGUUAGACUGCUUCUCCGAAACCAGGGACGUGAAAUCUCUCUCGUUGUCAAACUUGAAAAAGCAUGAUUUGAAGAGUUCUGCAGUGUUGGGUGAAACAUUGACGAAGAAUGUAUCAUCCAGCUCUUCAAACUUGUCAAACUCCCCUCCGUUACUUCCAAGCCCCAAGCUGCUGGAAAUCGACCUUGAUUCGGUUAUCGAUCGUUUACUCGCAAUCGGUAUGAACAAGAAGUCGUCUAGUUCGCGUCGGGCUCUGAAAGACAAACUUCCUUUGACCACCCAAGAAAUCAAGUACGUUCUCCAUAAGGCAAGAUCAAUCUUUUUGGAGCAACCAUCUCUUCUUAGGUUGUCGCCUCCUGUUAAAGUCGUCGGCGAUAUUCACGGUCAAUUCCAUGAUUUGAUCCGUAUUUUUAACAGUUGUGGUUAUCCACCUUAUUCAAAUUACUUGUUUUUAGGUGAUUACGUGGAUAGGGGUUACAAGUCAUUGGAAACAAUUUUACUUUUGUUGUGCUACAAGAUUAAGUAUCCGGAGAACUUUUUCAUGUUGAGAGGUAAUCAUGAAAGUGCAAACAUUACCAAGAUCUAUGGUUUCUACGAUGAAUGUAAACGUCGUUUACCUACAAUUUCUGGCAACCAUAAACUUUGGAAAGUAUUUGUUGAUGUGUUUAAUACGUUACCAAUUGCUGCAACUAUUAAUGAUAAGAUUUUUUGCAUUCAUGGUGGAUUGUCACCAGAUUUACACAGUUUGAGUCAAAUUGAGAACAUCAAGAGACCAACCGAUAUUCCUGACAAAGGAUUAUUGGCAGAUUUGUUGUGGUCCGAUCCAGAUCCACUGGUGAAGAACUUCUCAGUAUCAAACUGGCCAAAGAAUGAUCGUGGUGUCUCCUAUUGUUUUGGAAGAAAACACGUUGACUAUUUUUGUAAUAGGUUCAAAAUGGACUUGAUUGUUCGAGGUCAUAUGGUUGUGGAAGAUGGUUACGAAUUCUUCAAUAAGAGAAAAUUAGUAACUGUUUUUUCUGCUCCUAACUAUUGUGGAGAAUUCAAUAAUUUCGGGGCAGUUAUGAGUGUUGAUAAAAGCUUAUACUGUUCCUUUGAACUCAUCAAACCA